AUGGCCCCGUCCAAGCAGCCUCCGCCAAGCUUUGCCCAGCUGGAGCAAACGGCCCUCCACAUCAUCAGCCUCAUCAGAGACACGCCCGGGCUGGAGAACACCAAGAUGGCCGUCGUGGGCGACCUUGCGCUGCGCCAUCAUCUACCAGAGUGUGAUCGAACUGCUAGCAUCGAUCUGGUCAUCAGCAAGUCUUCCUCGCCCGGCCGGGUGAGGAAGGAGAUUGUGGGCCACCCCAUGAGUCCUCUCGUCGAACGGUCUGGCAUGGUCUUCUUCAAGUCCCCCAACCGCUGGGAGGUGGAGGUGAAGCUCAUCCCCGACUGGCUGUGUCCCUAUCUCCCCGACGCCGCGCGUGCGGUGCGCGAUGACACGGCCAGUCUGCCGUACAUUUCCCUCGACGACUUGAUCGUCUUCAAGGCGGAUGCGUGUGGGCUGCGGGACCAGGAGGCCAGCAAGCGGCAGGAGGCUCUCGACGUGGCGGCCCUCUUGGAGCUCGCGUCGGAACACUAUCCUCUGCAGAUUGACGAGGAUAAGAUGGACCGGAUCAAGCAGGCCCUCGAUGACCUGAUCGAGUACUCGCCGCCGGAACUGGACGCCGUCUGGUGGCAGCGUCGUCUGGGCAAGGUCACCGACAACCAAGACUCGAUCGAGACCAUCAUGUCCGAGCUGUCCGACAGCUUUGCGACAAACACGCCCACAUCACCCGGCGCAUCCUCGACCCGCUCGUCCGUCUACUCGACAAUGUCACGGACGUCGUCCUCGUUGAGCACCGUGUCGGCCAAGUCCAUGUCGUCCGUCUCCUCCUCUGCCUCCUCUGAGCCCAAGUCUCCUGAGAAGAAUGGCCGCCCGAGGAAGAUGAGCGUGCACGGGCGGCACAGACGAACGACAUCGGGUGGGGUGGCACCACCUUCGUCGCUAGACGCCGCCGUGCAGCGCCUGCAUAUUGGGCGACCUGCCUCGCCCGGUGUGGCCUUUACAAACUGCAUCUAG